UGAACUCAAGCUGAGCAAGCACAACAGUACGUCCCAUUUUCAAUGCUUUAUGUUUAUGAUGGACCAAACAUGGAUCAUCAUUGGUACGUAUAAACACGAUUGAGGCCCAAAAGCCCAAAUCCAGUACAGCCCUGAAUCUCACUGUUUGCUUGGUGCAAAAUUAACCCCGCCGAAAUCACAAAACCAGACUGUCAGAACUCUCAGGAAAAAACCCGCCAAAAUCCCGACUUCAAAGUCCAAAUUCAACCCAUGAUCGCGAUCUCCAAACGCAUAUGAAGGCGCUUCGUCUUCUAACCCAGUUUAGCAGGCCAAGCCCCUCGCCAUUGUUCUCGCAAAGGCUCGCCCUUUUCUCUUCGUCUUCAGCCGCUAACCCUAGGGUUUCAAAUUCCUUUUCCGACGGCGACCGAGAAGGCAGCGGCGUUUAUCGGCGGGCACUCAAGUUCCAGCGUCCAACGACAAUCACAUGGCGUCGUCGGGAAGAGAAUCUGCACAACUUUGGUAGGUUUAUCGGCACUGUAUGGCAUCCUUGGCAAGAGAAUCUGGGCAACUCUGGUAGGUUUAUCGGCACUGUAUGGCAUCCUGGGCAAGAGAAUCUGGACAACUCUGCUAGCUUUAUCGGCACUGUGAUUCACCCCCUUCGGGUCGUAAACAGCAACGACCGUGGUCAGUUUGGCGUUCACACUGUUCUUUGCGUCAAAAACUCCCCUCAAUCUGACAGCACUUUUAGGAUACUACUGAAGAUGUGGGACGAGAUGGCAGAAUUGUGUUUCAAACAUUUGAAACCGAAUGAUUUUAUUUACGUCGCAGGUCGUUUAGGGUCUUACACAAAGGCGGAUCAGAAUGGGAAUUCCAGACUGUAUCACGAGUUAGUAGUGCGGAAAUUGAAUUAUGUAGCAGAACAUGGACAAGGGCCAAGCUCCAAAACUUCUGAGGAACCACAAUCUGAUGGAGGUGGAGCUGUUUUAGAAAAGUAUAAGGAUCGCCUUCACUUAUGGCAAGUGUUUUUUGCCAAUCCGUAUGAAUGGUGGGAUAACAGGGAAGACAAGUUGAAUCCAAGGCAACCAGAUUUUAAGCACAAGGAUACUGGUGAAUCUCUCUGGCUGUCGCCAGGUGAUCCUCCAUGGAUUAAAGGACAACUCGAAUUGCUUGACACGAGAAUGGCAGAACAAGGGCACGGCCAAAAACGUUUCCGUGUCUCCAAAUGGGAGUAUGAUGAGUAGGUGCAAGCUACAAAAGGAAUGGAUUGUGGUAUUGGAGCCUUGCUGCCGGAGUUUAUAUGUUGCUGCCAUGUACUGGAAACAAGACAAAAAUGGAAUUGGUCAUAAACCAGGAGAGAGGUUAAGCAUGAUAUAUGAGCAAUUAAAGUACAUCAAAUAUUUGAUGGGGAAGAAAAAAAGAAGAAGAGUAAGAAAGUGAAGAAGAAAGAUAGCGCACAAGUGGGUUUGUUGAUUGACAUGGAUCGCAACCGUAUGAGGUCCAUCAGUCAAGGGUGUAUACAAUUGUAAACGAUUGUGUUCUGUAAAGCUCUUAACAAAAACACAUAUGCAUACAAAAAUUCGGAAUGUAUAGAAGUCCUUGUAAUUCUAUUCUUUUCAAAGGCUUAUGGUGUGAGAACGAGCAUGUAUUUAAGGAUUGGGGUAGAAAAUUACAGUAUAUGACUAGAAACAAGAUAAAUUUGACCAUCAUGUAUUGGUGAAUUUAUCUCAUAUGUUUCAUGAUGUUGAAGAUGAGAGAGCGGAUCAAUGAUGCUUGUUUCUUGCACCCUGUAGACUGUAGUAGUGAGUCUCCUUUA